CGAUUUCUAACAGGAGAUAAACUUUUGCCGCGUUUCAGUGCACUAUAAAAAUAUACUAACUGCUUUCCCGGAGAAUUAUGUGGAACGCCAAAAACACCUAAAACCAAAGACAAAAAACAACGACAAAAAAAUGAAGAAGAAAACAGCUGUUUCAUUCAGACCCAUUCCUUCAUUUAUCUGCAUUCAUUCAACCCAAUUGUCUCCCUGAUUUCUCUCUCUAAAUCUUUCUCUCUCGGCGUCUCAUUUGGAUCUCUGAUAUCUCCUUUCUCUUCUCUCUCUGUCUUUCUUUCAAUUCUAUCUACCUUUCACCUCGUCACCGCUCGAAAAUCGAGAGCUUCGUAAAGCUCUCGAUCGAGCUCUCCUCUGGAUCAUCAUCAUCAUCAUCAUUUUCACACAAUCAAUUCGAUUUUAUAUGCAUUUCGAAUUCCGAUUUCGAUAUUGUGGCUUUUGAUUCAUCUCGCGGUCCUUGUGUAGUUUGUUGAAACAUUAAAACUUUUGAAUUCUGAGCUAAUUGAUUUGGAAAACUAGGUUUUCUUUAGAGAGAGAGAGAGAGAGAGGGAAUGGAGAUGGCUGCUCAAUUGAGGCGGGGGAUUUCCCGCCAAUUCUCGACAGGUUCGAUGAGAAAGAGUGGUAGGUUCAGCUUCAAUAGGCAGAAUUCUCUCGAUCCGCGCCGCAACAUGCGGUCAGCUUUGGAACGCCAGUCCUCGCUCGAUCCGAUCGCCGGAACGCCGCAGGACGAGCUGUCCGUGCCGGAAAACCUGGACUCGACGAUGCAGUUGUUGUUCAUGGCGUCUAGGGGUGAAGUGAAGGGAGUUCAGGAUUUGCUGGACGAAGGCAUUGAUGUAAAUAGCAUCGAUUUGGAUGGGCGGACGGCUUUGCACAUUGCGGCUUGCGAAGGCCACGUAGAGGUUGUGAAGCUCUUGCUUAGUCGAAAGGCCAAUAUCGAUGCCCGUGAUCGGUGGGGCAGCACGGCAGCUGCUGAUGCAAAAUACUAUGGAAAUGUAGACGUUUAUAAUAUUUUGAAGGCCCGUGGAGCCAAAAUACCGAAAAUCAGAAAGACACCGAUGACUGUUGCAAAUCCUCGAGAAGUUCCAGAGUACGAGCUCAAUCCACUAGAGCUUCAAGUUCGCAAAAGUGAUGGUAUCACAAAGGGGACAUAUCAAGUAGCUAAAUGGAAUGGCACAAAAGUUGCUGUAAAGAUACUUGAUAAAGACAGUUAUUCAGACCCUGAAAGCAUAAAUGCUUUCAAACAUGAGUUAACUUUGUUAGAGAAAGUUCGGCAUCCUAAUGUGGUUCAGUUUGUUGGAGCUGUUACCCAAAAUAUACCUAUGAUGAUUGUUUCAGAGUAUCAUCCAAAAGGUGACAUAGGAAGCUAUCUUCAAAAGAAAGGGCGUGUGUCUCCAUCUAAAGCUCUAAGAUAUGCUCUUGAUAUUGCAAGGGGCAUGAAUUAUCUUCAUGAAUGUAAACCAGACGCAAUUAUCCACUGUGAUUUAAAGCCCAAAAAUAUUUUGCUGGACACUGGAGGUCAGUUGAAGGUAGUUGGAUUUGGUUUGAUAAGAUUGUCUAAAAUAUCACCAGACAAGGCAAAACUAUUGCAGCCAGAGGCUCAAAUUGAUCGUUCAAAUUUAUACAUGGCACCUGAGGUUUAUAAAGAUGAAAUAUUUGACAGAAGUGUGGAUGUAUACUCUUUCGGUCUUAUUCUUUAUGAGAUUCUCGAAGGAGUCCAACCAUUGCACCCCAGGUCUGCAGAAGAUGCUGCUAAAUUGAUGUGUUUGGAAGGAAACAGACCAAUAUUCAAGAAUAAAUCUAAACAUUAUCCUCCGGAUCUGAAAGAGUUGAUUGAAGAAUGUUGGGAUCAAGGACCCGUCAUCAGACCAACUUUUUCUGAGAUCAUUAUACGGUUAGACAGAAUUGUUGCAAACUGCUCUAAACAUGGAGGGUGGAAAGACACCUUUAAGCUCCCUUGGAUUUAAGAAGAGGCAUAUAGUUACACCAAAUAUGGGACAGAACAGAGACUCGGAUUGGAGGAUCUCUCUAUAGACUCAAAAACAGUUUUGGGAGCUUCAUGUUGUGCCUUUUAUUAUGAAUAACAGAGGAGUUUGGAACUGACAAACCGAGUUGAAAUAAGAUUAGUGUCACUAUUUGUUUUUGUUUUUUUGCUAGGAGCUGGAACAGUUCCUUUCCAUGUAAAAUAUGUGAAUGAUGUUUCUUUUAGACUGGUUGUUAUGAAUCUUGUGGAACAAAAAGAAGAAUGACUACAACUGGAAAAACAUUCUGUUUUGUGCUUAAUAAUAAGAGAAUUGUUAUUUUCACUCCACUUAUUUAUUAAUACAUUCUAAAAUUUGUCAAGUAAAUCUAUAAACAAGUGGAGUGGGAUAGCAUUUUUCAUUACUACCAA